GAAUCGUUUAUAAUCAGUUUCACACCGGCAUUCGCUGAGAAACAGUUAAAUUACUUUGUGUAAUAGUGAAAAUCUAAAUAAAUACUUAUCACGCGUCUUAAAGGGUGAGAAAAUAGGUAAUACAAGAAGUAUCUACCUGCACAAGUGUUCAGUUUACUUAAAAAGUGAGAUAAAAAAUUCCCGAGUAUUCCCUGAACUUAGUGCAACUCCAGGCACAUUUCAUAAAACAUAAGUGCAAAAUGGUUUCGAAGCUGAUGCAAUUUUCUACUUGUACUUUGUUCGUCUGCGCACUGUUGGUGUUUAGCAUACCCUCUGAGACGGAGAGCCGGCGUGUGAUCUUCUAUGCGCCCCAACGCAUACAAAUUUUUACGUCACAGAUUUUAUCGUCGCGAGCAAAAGAAAAGCCUUGUGCGAAGUGUCAUAUGCGAGAUCAUCGGGGGAUUUGCCGGCGCGUUUUAUCAUUCAAUAGCAAUGGUAUUAAAUGUUGAAUUAUUGCUGUGACAAAAUCGCUGCAUCUCUACCUGGAAUCUCUACCUGUUGUGCCCUAUGCCCGAAUGAGUAAGCAAUUAGGAUUUGGUGUUUGAGCGAGCGGUUUUAUGACAUUAGCAAAUUUUAUUUAUAAUUUGUUACGUUUACUAAUUUAUUGUAGUUUUAAGUGGUGCCAAAUGAAAUAUUAUAGAAAAUAUUUUAACAAUUCCGCAGUAUUAAUAAAAUACAUAUUUAUUUAAACAAAACCACAUUUGUAUUACAAGUUAAGUAUCACAAAAAAAUUUCUUAAGUUAAAAAUGGCAUACAAAUUCGAUAGCCAUAGAUCUUAAGAAAAGUAUUGCGCACAAUUUUAC